CCACUUGAUCCUCAUUUAGCCACACAACCCAAACCGACACAACAUCAGUACACCGUACAAACCUCCAAGACCCAGUCAUGAGCAAAUCCUAUUCAGCUUCCGCCGAAACGGCUUCCUCCUACCGCCGUACCUUCGGCUCUGGCCUGGGAUCUGGAUUGAGCCCCUCCGUCUUCUCUGGUCGUGGUUCCACUGGGUCUUCACGUAUGUCCUCCAGAGUUUAUGAGGUGUCCAAGACCUCCAUUCCCUCUUUCGGCAGCCACCGUGCAUCCAGUUCCUCAUACGGUGGGGGAUCGAGGGUCCGUUCUUAUGGUGGGGAAAAGCUGGACUUCAACCUGGCCGACGCCAUGAACCAGGACUUCCUCAGCACGCGCACAAAUGAGAAGGCCGAGCUGCAACAUCUCAAUGACCGCUUUGCCAGCUACAUCGAGAAGGUGCGCUUCCUGGAACAGCAGAACCAAACGCUGGUGGUGGAGAUCGAACGCCUGAAGGGUCGCGAGCCCACGCGUAUCGCAGAGAUGUACGAGGAGGAGAUGAGAGAGCUGCGCAGACAGGUGGAGGCCGUGACCAAUGAGAGAUCUCGCGUUGAGGUAGAGAGGGAUAACCUGGCUGAUGACCUACAGAAACUAAAAAUGAGACUUCAGGAAGAAAUCCACCAGAAAGAAGAAGCUGAGAACAACCUCUCUGCUUUUAGAGCUGACGUAGAUGCUGCAACUCUGGCCAGGCUGGACCUGGAAAGACGUAUUGAGAGUCUUCAGGAGGAAAUUGCCUUCCUCAAGAGGAUCCAUGAGGAGGAAAUCCGUGAGCUGCAAAGCCAUAUGCAGGACACUCAGGUGCAGAUCCAAAUGGACAUGUCCAAACCAGACCUCACGGCUGCCCUGAGGGACAUCCGCAUGCAGUACGAGGGCAUUGCUGCCAAGAAUAUCGCAGAGGCUGAGGAAUGGUACAAAUCCAAGGUGUCAGAUCUGAACCAGGCAGUAAACAAGAAUAAUGAUGCUCUGAGACAGGCCAAGCAGGAGAGCAUGGAGUACCGUCACCAGAUUCAGUCCUACACCUGUGAGAUCGACUCUCUAAAGGGAACUAAUGAGUCUCUAAUGAGGCAGAUGAGAGAAAUGGAGGAGAGGAUGGGUCAUGAGGCCGGUGGUCUGCAGGACACCAUUGCCCGCCUGGAAGGUGAGAUUACCAAGAUGAAGGAUGAAAUGGCUCGCCAUCUCCGUGAAUACCAGGACCUGCUGAAUGUAAAGAUGGCACUUGAUGUAGAGAUCGCCACCUACAGGAAGCUUCUGGAAGGAGAGGAGACCAGGAUUACUCUGCCUGUGCAAUCAUUUUCAAGCCUGAGUUUCAGAGAGACCAGCCCAGAACAGUCUCAAAAGCAGCAGCAGCGUGCAUCUGAGCUUCACUCAAAGAAAACAGUUGUCAUCAAGACCAUUGAGACCCGUGAUGGCGAGGUUGUCAGCGAAUCUACACAGCACCAAGAGGACAUCAUGUAAAGCCCACAAAACAGAUUAGACUUCAUCAGAUCUCUAUAUAACCCUAACUAGUAUUUUUACCGAUGGCUUCAGGUUGUGUAUACGCGCAUAUCCAGUAUUGUCAUGAUCCAUUACCACAGUAUUUUUGGAUGACAAAGACAAAUGCAAGUGAAAUAGAGGGAAAAUGUCAAAUCAAACCUGUGAUGCACAUAAAAGUGCACUCAAAGUGAGUUUCUGUACGAAAGUAUUUGUGAAUGUGUGGUUGGGUCAAAUUAAAAAUAAUUGUGUUCCACCUCUGCAAAAGACAUUAAUAAAGUUUCACUUUAUUUUCCUCUUAUAAAAUUGAA